AUGGAAAGGGGGGACUAGGAGUUUCCCAGAUGGCGGUAUAAGUAGGAGGGUGUGGGAUAAGGAACCAUUUGGGCAACGAGUAUGGCUGAAGAAUUGAGGCAUAGUCCAGGAGGCAAGUCUGGGACGAGGACAAAGUCCCCUGCUCCUUUCCUGUUGAAGACCUACGAUCUGUUGGAAGGAGUUAUAGAUACGAGUAAUGGGGAUGGGGGGCAGAGAAUCGUGUCUUGGAAUGCAGAUGGAACAGGGUUUGUGGUAUGGUCCCCUGAUGAAUUUUCAGAGAUCAUGCUGCCUAGAUACUUCAAGCACAACAACUUCUCCAGCUUCGUUCGCCAACUCAAUACUUAUGGAUUCAAGAAGAUAGCUUCCAAGAGAUGGGAAUUCCAGCAUGACAAGUUCCAGAGGGGAUGCAGGGACAUGCUUGCAGAGAUAACCCGGAAGAAGUGUGAGCCCAGCAUCUUCCCACCAUUCCUAAAGGCUUCCAAAGACAACACAGCAUCUUCUGCAGACCAAAAAAGCAAUUGCCUGUCACUCAUGGAGGAGAAUGAGAGCCUAAGAAGGCAAAAUUUGGAUUUGCAAAUGCAGAUAUCCCAGCUCAAAGCUCUGGAAAUGAAGCUCAUGGAUUGUCUUAAUGUCUCAAUUCAUGGGCACCACCACCCUCACAACAAACUUAGGAGGCUCUUCUAAUUUCUAACUCUCAAAUUGUGAAAGAAAUUGAGUGAUGCUGCUUCAAUGUAUUGGACUUGGACAUGAAAUCAAACUUUUGUAUCAACAUUUUCUUUGCCAACUCUCACAAACUGUCAUGACAUAGUAAUGGUGAAUGACUGCAAAUGAAAACACUGAUUUUUUCUUUC